AUGGAGCAGCAAGCAGUGCACAGGAAAAGCAAAGAACCAAAAGAGAAGCAGCCGAUUGCCAAUGGGGAACAGUCUGAGGACUGGUGGGCAGAAUUCUGCAAGGCAUCCGCUAUACAUGGCAUGCCCUAUUUGGCGCGCAAGGACCUGCACUGGAUAGAGCGCAUCUUUUGGUUUGCUUUUAUAAUCGCAGCGGCCUAUUAUGCCAUCAACAGUUGCCUGGACCAAUGGGGACGCUUUCGCAACAAGCCGAUUGUAUACGAAUAUGAAUAUUUGUUUGGGCUGCGAUAUUUUCCAUUCAUGGGCAUCACAUUUUGCACGCAGUUUGUGAAAGUCGAAGCCGCCGAUGAACUGAUAAUGGACACUUGGCAGAUGAAUGAAACGCUAGAUGCUCAAGCGACCGAUUACUAUCGUAACUUUUUGCAUAAAUUAAAUCAUCUAAACUACGCUAAUCUGAUUACAUUGGAGCCCUAUGAGAAUGACAGCAGCUUGGCAAAUCUGAGCUUUGUCGAUAUUAUGCUUAAGCAACAGCGUCACAUACUGGGACAUACGAAUGAUAAGGCCGAGAUAUUUGCACCCAUGCUUACCGAGAUGGGACUUUGCCAGACGACCACACAGCUUAUGCGCUAUGGCAAUCCCUACGGCAAAAUCGAAAAUCAGGACGUUACACCUUCGCGCAGAUGCGACUACUUUGACGAAUGCAAGGCUCUAUUCACGCCAUCCAUACAGAACACCAAGGUACUUCUUUAUGUUCAUGAUGUUAAGGAGGUUAUGUUGCCGCAUGAUCGACGCAGUGUCUUCUAUAAUGCCGAACCAAAAAUAUCGACUACACUCAUAAUGCGACUCGAUCCCAUUUCGGCGGAGAGCGCAGUGCAAAAUCUGCCCAUUGCCUAUCGCAAAUGUCGCUACGUCAAAGAGAACUAUCUGCAGUACUAUAGCCCCUAUCAUCCCAGCCUUUGUCGCCUGGAGUGCCGCAUUAAUGUCGCUCUGGAUCUUUGCCACUGCAAGCCUUUCUUCUAUGCAGCAGGACCGAAAACACCGCUUUGCGAUGUCGCUGGCAUGUUGUGCCUAGCACGGAAAAAAUGGCUGGAGCAGCCUUGCAACUGUUUGCCGCUUUGCAAAGAGAACCUCUAUAUAUUCAUUGAGGAGUCACAACAGAGCGGCGGUGCCGAUAGUUAUGAAGGCGCUUCAUUUGAACGCACUAUUAUUCUAAAGAUGGAGCUAUCCAAAAUGGGCGUAAAGCGUCGCGUUGUCUUUAGCACGGAUCAACUAAUAAUGUCUUUUGGCGGUGCCAUUGGCCUAUUUUUGGGUGCAAGCUUUAUGACACUCUAUGGCUUAAUUUAUUAUGCAUUGUAUUUCGUAAUGCUCAAAUGUUACAAGAGAUGCAAGAAAGUCGAUAAUGAGAAGAGAAUCGCAUGA